AUGUUCAUCAUGAUUUUACUUUUAUUAUCCCUAAAUGUUCCACUUCUAGUGGCUGAUUUUUUUCAUCCCAGGUGCUUUUGGAGAAUGAAGCAGAAUGAACACAAGAUUAGAAGCCCGGGAACAGGUUGUACCUUCUUUAUUGAAUCAGUAAAAUGGCCUGUGGAGAAAGAGUAUUUCAGUCAUAUUUUCAAUACACAAACACCUUCUGAAAACCUCAAGUAUGCUCUGGCUUUGGCUUUUUCUAUAUAUGAAAUCAACAGGAACCCUGAUAUUUUGCCAAAUAUGUCUCUAAUAUUUGCAUUCUCAAGAGACACUUGUGAUUGGGAAUCCCAAUUAAAUGGUGUCAUUCAUAAGAGUUUACAAACUCACAAUAUUCUGCCUAAUUAUAGCUGUAAGGAAUUCAACAAGUGUCCAAUGGCACUUACAGGACUAAAUUGGAAGUUCCUUCAGCUUACUUAUGGACCCUUUCAUCCUGUCUUGAGGGAUAAUGAAAAAUUUCCAUAUCUAUAUCAGAUGGCCUCUGAUGAUACACCUCUAGCCCUUGCUCUGGUCUCCUUCAUAAUUCAUUUCGGUUGGAACUGGGUAGGGUUGGCCAUCUCAGACAAUGAUCAAGGUACCCAAUUUCUCUCCUAUUUGAGAAGAGAGAUGGAAAAAAGUUCAGUCUGCUUUGCAUUUAUCAACAUGAUCCCAGUGAAUAUGCAUUUAUACAUGUCAAGAGCUGAAAUGCAUUACAACCAAAUCAUGACAUCAUCCACAAAUGUUGUUAUCAUUUAUGGUGACACAGACAGUACUUUAGCUGUGAGUUUUAGAAUGUGGGAAUCUCGAGGCCUACAGAGAGUAUGGGUUACCACCUCAAAGUGGGCUCUCACUCAUAGUAAGAAAGACUUCACAUUUGAUAACUUAUAUGGCAGUUUUGCUUUGGGGCAACACCAUGGUGAGAUUUCUGGUUUUAAAAAUUUUGUUCAGACAUUGAACCCUGUCAAAUACUCAGAUGAAUUUCUGGUAAAGCUGCAGUGGAUGAACUUUAACUGUGAAGUCUCAGCAUCUAAGUGUAAGACACUGAAAAACUGUUCAUCUAAUCACUCACUGGAAUGGCUUAUGAUACAUACUUUUGACAUGGCCUUUAUUGAAUGGAGUUAUGACAUAUACAAUGCUGUAUAUGCUUUUGCCCAUGCACUCCAUGAGAUGACUUUUCAAAAGUUUAAUAAUAUGCCCAAAAACAAUGUCAAAGAUUACAAUUAUAGAUGCAAGAAGCUGUGUUCCUUUUUGAGGAAGACCCCCUUCACUAAUCCUGUUGGAGACAGAGUGAAUAUGAACCAAAGAAACAAAUUGAAGGAAGAGUAUGACAUUUUCUACAUUUGGAAUUUCCCACAGAGCCUUGGACUUAAAGUUAAAAUAGGAAUGUUUAGUCCAUAUUUUCCAAAAGGUCAACAGCUACGUUUAUCUGAAGAUAUAAUCAAGUGGGCAAAAGGAAGUACACAGAUGCCAAGUUCUGUGUGCAGUGAUGAUUGUGGUCCUGGAUUUAGAAAAUCAGGAAAGGAAGAAACGGCAGCAUGCUGUUUUCAUUGCAAACCCUGUCCAGAAAAUGAAAUUUCUAAUGAGACAAAUGUGGAUUCAUGUGUCCAAUGUCCAGAGGAUGAAUAUGCAAACACAGCACAGAAUCACUGCAUUCCUAAAACUGUUCUAUUUCUUAGUUAUGAAGAACCAUUGGGGAUGACACUUUCCUUAAUCUCCUUGUGUUUCUCUGCAUUCACAACUGUGGUUCUUGGGGUCAUUGUAAAGCAUCACCGUACUCCCAUUGUUAAGGCAAAUAACCGCACUCUUACCUACAUCUUGCUUAUCUCACUCAUCUUUUGUUUCCUCUGCCCCUUGCUCUUCAUUGGUUAUCCAAACUCAGCCACCUGUAUCCUGCAACAAGUCACAUUUGGAGUUGUAUUCACUGUUUCUGUUUCCACUGUGUUGGCCAAAACACUAACUGUCAUUCUGGCGUUCAAAGUCACAGCCUCACAAAGAAUGAUGAAGUACUUUCUUGUUUCACGGGUAUCUAACUAUAUCAUUCCCAUCUGUACUUUCAUUCAAGUUAUUGUCUGUGCAGUCUGGCUCGGAGCUUCUCCUCCUUCUGUCGAUAUUGAUGCACAAUCUGAGCAAGGCUACAUCAUUGUUGUAUGUCACAAGGGUUCAGUCAAUGCCUUUUACUGUGUUCUGGGAUACUUGGGUACCCUGGCGUUUGGGAGCUUUACUCUGGCUUUCUUUUCCAGAAACCUUCCUGGUACCUUCAAUGAAGCCAAAUCUAUAACAUUCAGCAUGCUGGUGUUUUGCAGUGUCUGGGUAACUUUCAUCCCUGUUUACCAUAGCACCAAAGGCAAGAUCAUGGUAGCUGUUGAGAUCUUCUCCACUCUGUCGUCUAGUGCAGGGAUGCUGGGAUGCAUCUUUAUUCCUAAAUGUUACACAAUAUUGUUUAGACCCAAACAAAAUUCUUUUGAAAUGAUUAAGGUAAAAUCAUCUCCCCAUGCCCACAUUUCAUAA